UUUGAAUUCAGUCAACUUCGAAUUCUGAAAGAUCAAACUGUCAUUUAAAAGUUAUCACAGCUAUUUCCGAAAUUUGAAAAAAUGUCAUUCAACGCUAUGUCUCAGGAACAAAUUUUGCCGUCUUCAACCCCCAUUCAGUCUCCAGAACAGCGUCAAGAAAAUAAGGUUACUACGGAAAUUGAAGCUCCAGGUCAGUGUAAAGUGGAACUGCUCUCACUCUCAGAUCAAUAUGAAGAGGACUUUAUAGAACCCGUAAGUGAGCAUGAAUACGAAAGUCAAAAGGCUGCAGAAGUAACCGAAUAUAUGAAUCAAUAUAAGAUGCAAGAUGCAGAAGAUCAGGGAGAAAUAGAACCCGGUGUUGAAAAAGUUCAUGAAGAUAGGGUGAACUAUCCGUUUUGGAGUUCAAUUAAAUCAACUCUAUUCUUUCCGAUUGCAGCGGUAGUUUUGCGGCUAUUAUUUACAUGGAUGCAUUACAUCGAAGUUAAAGAUCGCUUUAAUGUUAAUGACAAGCAAGCAAAUGCCACCAAUUUUGAAAGUGAUUAUAAUCACUAAAUUGUAAUGACUAAAAGUAAAAGUCAUUAUUUUUUUUGAUAUGUAAC